ACCUGUUUGGCCUAAACUGGCACCUGCAGCCGAUGGAGGGGCAGAUGUAUGAGAUCACGGAGGACACAGCCAGCAGUUGGCCUGUGCCAACCGACGUCUCCCUGUAUCCCUCAGGGGGCACUGGGUUAGAGAUCCCUGACAGGAAAGGCAAAGGAGCCACAGAAGGAAAGCCCAGUAGUUUCUUUCCAGAGGACAGUUUUAUAGACUCGGGAGAAAUCGACGUGGGGAGACGGGCUUCCCAGAAGAUUCCUCCCGGCACGUUCUGGAGAUCUCAGGUGUUCAUAGACCACCCCGUGUAUCUGAAAUUCAAUGUGUCUCUGGGAAAGGCGGCUCUAGUCGGCAUUUAUGGCAGAAAAGGCCUUCCUCCUUCACACACGCAGUUUGACUUUGUGGAGCUGCUGGAUGGAAGGAGGCUCCUGACCCAGGAGGCACGGAGCCUGGAGGGGCCCCAGCGCCAGUCCCGGGGAGCCGUCCCUCCCUCCAGCCACGAGACCGGCUUCAUCCAGUACUUGGAUUCAGGCAUCUGGCACCUGGCUUUUUACAAUGAUGGGAAGGAGUCGGAAGUGGUUUCAUUUCUCACCACUGCCAUUGAAUCGGUGGAUAACUGCCCCAGCAACUGCUACGGCAAUGGGGACUGCAUCUCUGGGACCUGCCACUGUUUCCUGGGCUUCCUGGGCCCCGACUGCGGCAGAGCCUCCUGCCCCGUGCUCUGUAGUGGGAAUGGCCAGUACAUGAAGGGCCGGUGUCUGUGCCACAGCGGCUGGAAGGGCGCCGAGUGCGACGUGCCCACCAACCAGUGUAUCGAUGUGGCCUGCAGCAACCAUGGCACCUGCAUCAUGGGCACCUGCAUCUGCAACCCCGGCUACAAGGGCGAGAACUGCGAGGAAGUGGACUGCAUGGACCCCACAUGUUCUGGCCGGGGCGUCUGCGUGAGAGGCGAGUGCCACUGCUCUGUGGGAUGGGGAGGCACCAACUGUGAGUCACCCCGGGCCACGUGCUUGGACCAGUGUUCGGGCCACGGAACCUUCCUCCCAGACACCGGGCUUUGCAGCUGUGACCCAAGCUGGACUGGACACGACUGUUCUAUUGAGAUCUGUGCUGCCGACUGCGGGGGCCACGGUGUGUGUGUAGGGGGCACCUGCCGCUGCGAGGAAGGCUGGAUGGGGGCGGCCUGCGACCAGCGGGCCUGCCACCCGCGCUGUGCCGAGCAUGGGACCUGCCGAGACGGCAAGUGUGAAUGCAGCCCCGGCUGGAACGGCGAGCACUGCACCAUCGAGGGUUGCCCUGGGUUGUGCAAUGGCAAUGGCAGAUGCACCUUGGACCUGAAUGGGUGGCACUGUGUCUGCCAGCUGGGCUGGAGAGGAGCUGGCUGCGACACAUCCAUGGAGACCGCCUGUGGUGACAGCAAAGACAAUGAUGGAGAUGGUCUGGUCGACUGCAUGGACCCCGACUGCUGCCUCCAGCCCUUCUGUCAUGUCAACCCACUGUGCCUGGGCUCCCCUGACCCACUGGACAUCAUCCACCCCGCAUGGAGCCCCCAGCUUCCACCCCCUGUGUCCCAGCAGAACCUGCACUCCUUCUAUGACCGCAUCAAGUUCCUCGUGGGCAGGGACAGCACACACAUCAUCCCCGGGGAGAACCCCUUCGAUGGAGGGCACGCAUGUGUCAUUCGUGGUCAAGUGAUGACAUCAGAUGGGACCCCGCUGGUUGGUGUGAACAUCAGUUUCGUCAAUAACCCUCUCUUUGGAUACACGAUCAGCAGGCAAGAUGGCAGCUUUGACUUGGUCACAAAUGGCGGCAUCUCCAUCAUCCUGCGGUUCGAGCGGGCACCUUUCAUCACCCAGGAGCAUACCCUCUGGCUGCCUUGGGACCGCUUCUUUGUCAUGGAGACCAUCAUCAUGCGCCAUGAAGAGAAUGAGAUUCCCAGCUGCGACCUGAGCAACUUCGCCCGCCCCAACCCUAUUGUGUCUCCAUCCCCACUGACAUCCUUUGCCAGCUCCUGUGCAGAGAAAGGCCCCAUCGUUCCGGAAAUUCAGGCCUUGCAAGAGGAAAUCGCCAUCUCGGGCGGCAAGAUGAGGCUGAGUUACUUGAGCAGCCGUACGCCGGGCUACAAGUCUGUCCUGAGGGUCAGCCUCACCCAUCCGACCAUCCCCUUCAACCUCAUGAAGGUGCACCUCAUGGUGGCGGUGGAGGGCCGCCUCUUCAGGAAGUGGUUUGCCGCAGCCCCAGACUUGUCCUACUAUUUCAUCUGGGACAAGACGGAUGUCUACAACCAGAAGGUGUUUGGGCUGUCGGAAGCCUUCGUCUCUGUGGGUUAUGAGUACGAAUCCUGCCCGGAUCUGAUCCUGUGGGAGAAAAGAACAGCAGUGCUGCAGGGCUAUGAAAUCGACGCUUCCAGGCUGGGAGGAUGGAGCCUGGACAAACAUCACGCCCUCAACAUCCAAAGCGGCAUCCUGCACAAAGGGAAUGGGGAGAACCAGUUUGUGUCUCAGCAGCCCCCCGUCAUCGGGAGCAUCAUGGGCAAUGGGCGCCGGAGAAGCAUCUCCUGCCCCAGCUGCAACGGCCUUGCUGACGGCAACAAGCUCCGCCCCGUGGCCCUGACGUGCGGCUCCGACGGCAGCCUCUACGUGGGAGAUUUCAACUACAUCCGGAGGAUCUUCCCCUCCGGGAACGUCACCAACAUCCUGGAGCUGAGUCACAGUCCAGCGCACAAAUACUACCUGACAACAGACCCCAUGAGCGGGGCUGUCUUCCUCUCCGACACCAACAGCCGGCGGGUCUUCAAGAUCAAGUCCACCACGGUGGUAAAGGACCUCGUCAAGAACUCUGAGGUCGUCGCGGGGACAGGUGACCAGUGCCUCCCCUUUGAUGACACCCGCUGCGGGGAUGGUGGGAAGGCCACGGAAGCCACACUUACCAAUCCCAGGGGCAUCACGGUGGACAAGUCGGGGCUGAUUUACUUCGUGGAUGGCACCAUGAUCAGACGCAUUGACCAGAAUGGGGUCAUCUCCACCCUCCUGGGCUCCAAUGACCUGACCUCGGCCCGGCCCCUCAGCUGUGAUUCUGUCAUGGAUAUUUCUCAGGUUCGCUUGGAGUGGCCCACAGACUUAGCCAUCAACCCAAUGGACAACUCCCUCUAUGUCCUCGACAACAACGUGGUUCUGCAAAUCUCUGAAAACCACCAGGUGCGCAUUGUUGCCGGGAGGCCCAUGCACUGCCAGGUCCCCGGCAUCGACCACUUUCUGCUGAGCAAGGUGGCCAUCCAUGCAACCCUGGAGUCAGCCACCGCCUUGGCUGUCUCUCACAAUGGCGUCCUGUAUAUCGCUGAGACCGAUGAGAAAAAGAUCAACCGAAUCAGGCAGGUCACCACGAGCGGAGAGAUCUCGCUAGUGGCUGGGGCCCCGAGUGGCUGUGACUGUAAAAAUGAUGCCAACUGUGAUUGUUUCUCUGGAGAUGAUGGUUAUGCCAAGGAUGCAAAGCUGAAUACCCCAUCUUCCUUAGCUGUAUGUGCUGACGGGGAACUCUACGUGGCCGACCUUGGGAAUAUCCGAAUUCGGUUUAUCAGGAAGAACAAGCCUUUCCUCAACACCCAGAACAUGUAUGAGCUGUCUUCACCAAUUGACCAGGAGCUCUACCUGUUUGAUACCAGUGGCAAGCAUCUUUACACCCAAAGCCUGCCCACAGGAGAUUACCUCUACAACUUCACCUACACUGGAGAUGACGACAUCACAUUCAUCACAGACAACAAUGGCAACAGGGUGGACAUCAGCCGAGACUCUACCGGGAUGCCCCUCUGGCUGGUGGGCCCAGAUGGCCAGGUGUACUGGAUGACUAUGGGCACCAACAGUGCACUCAGGAGUGUGACCACACAAGGACACGAGCUGGCCAUGAUGACAUACCAUGGCAACACUGGCCUUCUGGCAACUAAAAGCAAUGAAAAUGGAUGGACAACAUUUUAUGAGUAUGACAGCUUUGGCCGCCUGACAAACGUGACCUUCCCUACUGGCCAGGUGAGCAGUUUCCGAAGUGAUACAGACAGCUCAGUGCAUGUCCAGGUAGAGACCUCCAGCAAAGAUGAUGUCACCAUAACCACCAACCUGUCUGCCUCAGGUGCCUUCUAUACACUCCUGCAAGACCAGGUCCGGAACAGCUACUACAUUGGGGCGGAUGGCUCCCUGCGGCUGCUGCUGGCCAAUGGCAUGGAGGUGGCGCUGCAGACUGAGCCCCACCUGCUGGCCGGCACUGUCAACCCCACCGUGGGUAAGAGGAACGUCACGCUGCCCAUCGACAAUGGCCUCAACCUGGUGGAGUGGCGGCAGCGCAAGGAGCAGGCACGGGGCCAGGUCACCGUCUUCGGGCGCCGGCUGCGGGUUCACAAUCGGAACCUACUCUCUCUGGACUUUGACCGUGUGACACGCACGGAGAAGAUCUAUGACGACCACCGCAAAUUCACCCUCCGGAUCCUGUACGACCAGGCAGGGCGGCCCAGCCUCUGGUCACCCAGCAGCAGGCUCAAUGGCGUGAAUGUGACAUACUCCCCAAGGGGCCACAUUGCCGGCAUCCAGAGGGGCAUCAUGUCUGAGAGGAUGGAGUAUGACCAGACAGGCCGCAUCACGUCCAGGAUCUUUGCUGAUGGGAAGACAUGGAGCUACACGUACUUGGAAAAGUCCAUGGUGCUGCUCCUCCACAGCCAGCGGCAGUAUAUCUUUGAGUUUGACAAGAACGACCGCCUCUCCUCCGUGACAAUGCCCAACGUGGCCCGGCAGACAUUAGAGACCAUUCGCUCAGUGGGCUACUACAGGAACAUCUACCAGCCCCCCGAGAGCAAUGCCUUCGUCAUCCAGGACUUCACUGAGGACGGGCACCUCCUCCACACCUCCUACUUGGGCACUGGCCGCAGGGUAAUAUACAAGUAUGGCAAGCUGUCUAAGCUAGCCGAGAUGCUGUACGACACCACCAAGGUGAGCUUCACCUAUGAUGAGACAGCCGGCAUGCUGAAGACCAUCAACCUACAGAACGAGGGCUUCACCUGCACCAUCCGCUACCGUCAAAUCGGGCCCCUGAUUGACCGCCAGAUCUUCCGCUUCACCGAGGAGGGCAUGGUCAAUGCUCGUUUUGACUACAACUAUGACAACAGUUUCCGGGUGACCAGCAUGCAGGCUGUGAUCAAUGAGACCCCACUGCCCAUCGAUCUUUAUCGCUAUGAUGAUGUGUCAGGCAAGACAGAGCAGUUCGGGAAGUUUGGUGUCAUCUACUAUGACAUUAACCAAAUCAUCACCACAGCGGUCAUGACCCACACCAAGCACUUUGAUGCGUACGGGCGGAUGAAGGAAGUGCAAUACGAGAUUUUCCGCUCACUCAUGUACUGGAUGACCGUCCAGUAUGAUAACAUGGGGCGAGUAGUGAAGAAGGAGCUGAAGGUGGGACCCUAUGCCAACACUACCCGCUAUUCCUAUGAGUACGAUGCUGACGGCCAGCUACAGACUGUCUCCAUCAAUGACAAGCCGCUCUGGAGAUAUAGCUAUGACCUCAAUGGGAACUUGCACUUACUGAGCCCUGGGAACAGCGCACGGCUCACCCCACUGAGGUACGACCACCGCGACCGCAUCACUAGGCUAGGUGACGUGCAAUACAAGAUGGACGAGGAUGGCUUCCUGAGGCAGCGAGGUGCUGAUGUCUUUGAGUACAACUCAGCUGGCCUGCUCACCAAGGCCUACAACCGGGCUGGUGGCUGGAGUGUCAAGUACCGCUACGAUGGCCUGGGGCGGCGGGUGUCUAGCAAGAGCAGCCAGGGCCACCACCUGCAGUUCUUCUAUGCAGAUCUGACCAACCCCACCAAGGUCACCCACCUCUACAACCACUCCAGCUCUGAGAUCACAUCCCUCUACUACGACCUGCAAGGGCACCUCUUUGCCAUGGAGCUGAGCAGCGGUGAUGAGUUUUACAUAGCUUGUGACAACAUAGGGACCCCUCUUGCUGUCUUCAGCGGUACAGGUUUGAUGAUCAAGCAGGUCCUGUACACAGCCUAUGGGGAGAUCUACAUGGACACUAACCCCAACUUCCAGAUCAUCAUUGGCUACCACGGUGGCCUCUAUGAUCCACUCACCAAGCUUGUCCACAUGGGCCGACGGGACUAUGAUGUGCUGGCUGGCCGCUGGACUAGCCCAGACCAUGAGCUGUGGAAGCACCUUAGUAGCAGCAACAUCAUGCCUUUUAAUCUCUAUAUGUUCAAAAACAACAACCCCAUCAGCAACUCUCAGGACAUCAAGUGCUUCAUGACAGAUGUCAACAGCUGGCUGCUCACCUUUGGAUUCCAGCUUCACAAUGUGAUUCCAGGUUAUCCCAAGCCAGACAUGGACGCCAUGGAACCAUCCUACGAGCUCGUCCACACACAGAUGAAAACUCAGGAGUGGGACAACAGCAAGUCUAUCCUGGGGGUACAGUGUGAAGUGCAAAAGCAGCUCAAGGCCUUCGUCACCCUCGAACGUUUUGACCAGCUCUAUGGCUCCACAAUCACCAGCUGCCAGCAGGCCUCAAAGACAACGAAGUUUGCAUCCAGUGGCUCAGUCUUUGGCAAGGGGGUCAAGUUUGCAUUGAAGGAUGGCCGCGUGACCACAGACAUCAUUAGUGUGGCCAACGAGGACGGGCGGAGGGUUGCCGCCAUCUUGAACAAUGCCCACUACCUGGAGGACCUGCAUUUCACCAUCGGCGGGGUGGACACCCACUACUUUGUGAAACCAGGGCCUUCGGAAGGCGACCUGGCCAUCCUGGGCCUCAGCGGGGGGCGGCGAACCCUGGAGAAUGGGGUCAACGUCACCGUGUCCCAGAUCAACACGAUGCUCAAUGGCAGGACUAGACGCUACACAGACAUUCAGCUCCAGUACGGGGCCCUGUGCUUGAACACCCGCUAUGGGACGACCUUGGAUGAGGAGAAAGCGCGGGUGCUGGAGCUGGCCCGGCAGAGAGCCGUGCGCCGGGCGUGGGCCCGCGAGCAGCAGCGACUGCGGGAAGGGGAGGAGGGCCUGCGGGCCUGGACAGAGGGGGAGAGGCAGCAGGUGCUGGACACAGGGCGGGUUCAAGGCUACGAUGGCUUCUUCGUGAUCUCCGUGGAGCAGUACCCAGAACUGUCAGACAGCGCCAACAACAUCCACUUCAUGAGACAGAGCGAGAUGGGCCGCAGGUGACAGAGAGGACCACGGCCCGGACUUCUUGCCAAAGACAGCUACUCUUUUGUGGCCGCACACCUGACUGUGUUGUACUUUUAAAAAAAAUAAUUCCUUUUUUUUAACAAGUGCAGAAAAGAGACAAACAAAAAAAAGAUACUGGUUGCAUUGUAACUCAUGCAACAUUCGUUUUUUUAAGAAAAGAAAAACACAAAAUUGGCCUUCACACAUUUUUUGCAAAGAACAGAAGGUAUUUUUUUUCUGUAGUGUGAUCACAAUGAAAACUUUAUUGUCUUUUGUUCCCUUUUCCUUGAGGAUUUUUCCUUGUUGUUUGGGGUACAUUUCUUCUCUUUGAGACGCAUCUCCUGGGAUGUGUCCUUGUCUGUCCCUUGGUACCCAGUGUGAUGUGAGACGCGAAUGUCUGUGCUAACUUGUCUCAUGUGCAACCCUUUCCUCAGUGGGGGUCGGGCAGGAGUGAGGGGUGUAGGUAACAGGCCAGCACCAAACUUCUAAGGGGGCCUGGAAGGAGGGUCUGCUGGACCUGAGGAUCCCCGGCUAAGCUCCCGCAGAUGAGUGGUGGCUUUUUAUUCACUGUGUUCCAUGCCUCCGGGGAACCACAGAUGGCUUCGUCUUUCUCCGGGGGGGUUUCAUGAUGUCAUUCAGCACCUCUUUCAAGCUGCCCCAAACUCCUGCUCACGCUUUAUAUUUUGAUGCUAAAUGAAAAGCCCGCCCCUUUUUGCAAAUCCUGUGUAGUUGUUGGUGCCACCCCCACGCUGGGAUGGAGAAAGUGUCUGCCAGGUCCUUUCCCCUAGUCUGGUGACAUAACAUCCUGGGACUAAGAGCCUCUUCCUUCAGGACGACUGUGGUUGGUUGGUCCUCCCACGAUGUUCCUUAUUGAUCUCCUCUUCUCUCCCAAAGUCAGACGUGAGAACCAGCACUGCAAAGCAAGCCCUCAGUGUGGGCACCAUGUCCAGGGAGGGGAAGGCCACCCAGGGCAAAAGAUGGCAAUGAUGGCACGGGUACCAGCAUGCCUUUCUAGGUGAAGCCCUCUCCCCACGACGCUGGGCGCCUUCCCGCCACUGCUCAGCUGCCAACACUGAGACAUUGGAGUGUGGAGAGAGGUGCUUGGUGGCCUUUGAUUCUGGAACGAUGUUUAAGAAAGAGUCAGCCAAAGAGAGGAAGGCGCGAGCCAAGCCUCCCUCUAACCAGCUUCCCCAUAUGGGCUCCUGCAGAACAGAAUGCAGCAGGAGAGGCAUUCGGGAAACUCUUCCCGUGAAGUUACUCUAAAACAGCCCCCUCCCAACCCCGGAGGAGCCCAAUGAUGGCUUCAAAGAAAGAGGGAAAAGGAAGAAGGGAAAGAGCUGCUUUGAGGCGGCCUGGUGAUGUCACACAACCCCGCCAGGUUUGGGGGCCAUUCCUGAGGCUGGUGCCCAUGGAUCCUGGAGGUUGUCUCUGUGCAGACAUACCGAUGCCUGAGGUCAUUGGGAGGAGGCUCCAGCCCUGUCAGGAGUGGGUACAACCUAUACCUGGAGGGCACAGCCGGGGAGAGGCAGCAGCCAGCCAGGCCAGAGGAAGCAUGGAGGGGAGGGUAAGCAGCAAGAGCUGGGAGCUUCUGGGUCCUGGUUCAUCUGCCCACUUACCAUCAUCAUUACCACCACUCACAGGAGGCUCUGGGAGACCAGGAGGGGAAGCCACAGGCUUCCUGUGGAGCUGGGCUUCUUAGAAAACGGGACUGUUAUGGGUUACAUUUACAUUAAGUGUGGAAAAUGAAUUCUGAGUCUGAGCUAUUCUCCGUGGCAACCUUGUUGGACUGAUAAGCUCAUGGCACCUUUAUGGCCUUACUCACAGAGUCUUCAGAAUAUUACACAAGUUAAUGAAACCAAGAAGGUCUCUCACUGCAUGAGAAUCGGAGCGGCGUGGAGCCCGGGCUCUGCCUGGCAGAGGGAGGCACGCACAGCUUCUCGGGAUAGGAGGUUUCGCCUUAUGUCAUCCCACUGGGAUCAAAGGAUGUGUUUCGCUAAGUGCUCUUCCUGUUUCCAAAAAAAAAGUCAUGCCGCUGCGACAGGGCGCUGUGGCCUGUUGGUCCACUGGUGGCCCAAGUCAGACACAGAGCUCCUCGGGUCCACUCUACAGAGCGGGAGCUGGGGGUGGGCUCCAUCCUGCAGGAGCCUUCUCAGAGGGGAUGGAAAAAAGCAUGGCCUGCAGAACACAGCUUUUUAUGCAAAAUGGGCUUCUGCCUCUCCAAACGUACUCUUGCCAUAGGGGCCCGUGGACAAAGCUCUCCUUCAAUAGGCCCAGUUGAUCCGUUCCAUCCUGGCUGCCGGACAUCAGUCAAGACCUGCUGGGGACGUCCACUUGGAGGCCAGAGACAGCGUGAGGGCCAAGGGAGCCAUCUCCCUGCAUCUCCCCAACCACUGACCUCACCAGCACCCCCACCAAAGUCAUAGUGUGGACUUUUAGAGAUCAAAAACACAGAAUCAUUCCUUUUCUUUAAAUGAUCGGUGUUCUAUUUUUCCUGGGCUGCCUACCACCAAGGCGGCCCAGCUUCUGUGCAGGGAGAAGCUGAAGCACCCCAGGCUUUAGGGAAAGGAUCUCAGGUGAGGAGUAGGCAGCAUCAGGCACCUGGUUCACUUCAGUGCUGUUGCUAUUGGAGACGUGCUUCUGGCCCCGGUCUUGUUGGCUGGUUCGGAGUUGGUUUCCUUUUGGGCUGGCAGGUGACUCUGUGCGUCCCCUCUCAGUCUGUCCUCCUGCUGAGACCAGCAACCCCACCCUCACAGCAAGAGGGAAUCUGAAGGCAUAAGCCAGAGGUCCCUGUGCCUGUUUAGUGGCCUCCAGGCAUCAAAUCCCAACCUUGAUGGCACCUGCCCUUUUAGUACCACGCAACCAAAGUGUGUCCAUCCCCUGGAGCCACCAGCCAUCCUUCAUGGGCCCACGUUCAUGACUCUGCAGGAUGUCAGAAUAAAAUUUACCUUGGAAGAGUUCUCCCCUACCCUUCGCAGCUGCCUCCAGCUCCUCACCCUCAGCCAGCCCUCUGCCAUCACCUGGAAUAGGACUUCGGUGAUACCCCAACUUUGUUUUUAUUGGAUACGAUUUCCACUUUACCCACGCUCCAGACACAGCUCUGGAUUUGAAACAAUCCCUGAGAAACCAACCCGAGGCUGAGAAUGGCCAGGAGGUGUGCUUGUCAAUCAUCGGGAUGGGGUGGGGCUGGGAGCCAAAGGUGAGGAAAACUGGGCCGUGGUUUUAUAGACACAUAACAAGGAGUCAGAUUAAUUUUAAAAAAGAAAGGACCUUUUCAGCUCUGACUUUUAAGUGCCACCUGUGUAGCGGGCAGGAGUUUCCAUUAUGCAGAGGCGAGGCUCUCAGUGUGAAAUCUUAGAACCAGUUUCGCACCUGCAGCCUGGGUUUGGGGUUACCACGUGGUGAGGGCAGCGAUGCUGAGCUUGGGCCCAGGAGGAAGGAGCUUGCCAGGCCUCAGCAGGGUCCCCAGCUUUGGGGUUUGAGCUCCUGAUAUUCAAAGUCAAUUCUUUUCUUCAUUCCUCACAGCAGCUACCACCCCUGGUCCCCAGGGGGAGCCCACCUCCCAAGGGAUCUCAGAAGGAGCCCAGGCUCUCCUUGGGGUCCUCACUAGGACUCCAUCGAAUGCCCAUAAUUCCCCGCUAGGUUUAUACACUCCUCUCUAUUUUAUUGGAGAGGAGGGGAUUCAAAGAAAGAACUCUGGAGUUCAAGGCCCUUUCAUUUAACCUUCAAAAAACAGCAAACUCUAAUUUUAAAGACUCAUUGCUCAGGUGAUCGAAACUUUAUCCUCUCUACCCUUUUUUACAUUCUCAAAAACCAGCCUUGUGUACUUGACCGCCCCAGACAGCGGUGAGCUCUUAGGUUUCAUCAUGAAUGUGGAAGAUCAGAGCGGGGGGAGGCCUAGGUGGGGCCAACAUUGGGUUUCUUACCCCCUCUGGAAUGCCAAAAGCAUGCUACUGGGCCACCUCUGGGUCCCCAAGAAAAUGUGAUUGAUUCUGAGGGCAAACUGCCAACAGAGAACCAACUCCUGGGCAGCCCAGCUAGCCUGUCAGAAGCUGGGUCCCAGAGGUCAGGCGGCUCCCCGAGCCCAGGAUUCACCCAGCCCCAGAAUCCCAUGUUUCUGAACCUGCCUGUCCUCGAAGACUCCUGAACCCGCAGCCUGGGCAGAAGGACUCUCCGAGCUGCCUCUGAUGACCAACACUGGAGACUCUGGCCUUACCAUGCGGAACUAGUUUUCCUGAAGUCUGGAACUCAUUUUUGAGAAAUUUUUUUCUCAACACAUUUGUGUUUCUAACACUGUAUUCCUGACUGUGUAAAUACCGACAAGGCUGUACAUAAAUGCAGAUGUAGAUACCUUCUAGAAAAAAAAAAGAGGCAUAAAAUACAAAACCAGAAGUGACCCCGUGUAGCCUUUGUUGACAAAUAAAAGAAUAUUUUGUGUU